UGUCUGAAUGCUUUGCCUCGGCGCUUGUGUUUUUGGGGGCCACAGGGCACACAGACCUUGCCUUCUCCGCUUGUGGGAGUUAAGAGCUCCCGUGUAAUCCCACCUUGAGGUUACCGGCCAUGGGGGAGAACAGCCCGGAGCUGGCCCUCAUCUCCAUGGAGGAGGAUGGGAUGUGCUCAGACGAGAAAAUGCGGAAGUGGUUUGUGGAGAAGCGAGUACGGGAGCCGGUGUAUGACACCACGACUGUCCUCAUCGAGCAGGACCGCCAGCCCUCAGGUGGGGAGGAGGAGGAAGAAGAAGAAGAGGAGGAUGAGGGGAACGUUGGGGGUAACUUACCCUUCUUGGAUGCUGCUAAUGAGCAGGGUUUCCUACUUCUGCCUGAGCAGGACGGUAUGUCCCAGGGAUAUGUCCAACACAUCAUCUCACCUGACCAAAUUCACCUGACCAUCAACCCUGGCUCCACUCCUAUGCCCAAGAACAUCGAGGGGGCGACCCUCACCUUACACUCCGAGUGCCCAGAGACCAAGCAGAAGGAGGUAAAGAGGUAUCAGUGUACAUUUGAAGGCUGCCUCCGUACAUAUAGCACAGCAGGCAACCUGCGCACUCACCAGAAGACCCACCGAGGAGAGUAUACCUUUGUCUGCAAUCAGGAGGGAUGCGGGAAGGCCUUUCUUACCUCUUACAGCCUCAAAAUCCACAUACGUGUGCACACCAAGGAGAAGCCGUUUGAGUGCGACGUGCAAGGGUGUGAAAAAGCCUUCAACACGCUGUACAGGUUGAGAGCCCACCAGAGACUUCACACCGGCGAAACCUUUAACUGCGUGACCGAGGGCUGCAGUAAAUACUUCACUACCCACAGCGACCUGCGAAAGCACAUCCGGACCCAUACCAGGGAGAAGCCUUUCAGGUGUGAUCAUGAUGGUUGUGGCAAAGCAUUUGCUGGGAGCCAUCACCUUAAAACACAUGCCAGGAAGCACACAGGCGAGAAGCCCAUUUCCGAUGGAUGUGAGAAGACUUCCAGCACUAACAGCCUAAAGAGUAACAAUGGUCAUGAUCUCACUGGUUUGGAUGACUUCUUACCCAGCCGUACAACCUGCGAGGACGGGAACUAUUGGUAUUUAAGUGAUUUAAGCAUGUUAUCUACUGACUCUGAGCUACGAGAAAACUCUGACGCUAGUCCUGGACAAUCCCUUGGUGUAUUAUUACCACAAAACAUUUUUGAGUCUAUGUUUCUGAGCCCGGAAAAUACCCAAGACCAUGAUCUAGCCGACCAUAAAGAGGCGAUGUUAAAAACCUGGGUCUCCAACAUCCCAUUGAUGGCACCAGCAGAGAGCAGCUCAACCGAGCCAACAUCUUCAGCAGCCCCUGUGCUUAACCUGUCUGUCUCAAAGGCUCCUGUGCAAAGCACUGCUGGCGCAACUUCUGCAACCCCAUUACCAGCUGUCAUGGAGUGUGACCAUCAGCAGGCUCCCCCUGUUUCAUUACCAGUGAGGCAGCCCCUGGAAAUGCCUGUUCGUAACGGAGCUCAUUUUGCCUCCGGCCAGGACAGCUUUGUUGCCUCGCAGACCUCACAGCCGUUGGUGGAAGGUUUGACUGUUGUUGCGGGACCUUCGUUGGCUGCUGCAGCCGGCUCAGAAUCCGUCCUGCCGACAUUAAUACAGGCUGCAGUCCCCAGCUCGCACCCAGUGCUAACCAGUAACCCAGCAAUAACCAUUACCCAGACUCCCAGUGCUGCAACCCUUCUGCCACCCAAUCUUGUUGUGGGUGACCCGAACAUUCAGUGGAUAUUAAAUGGAGCCACACAAAGCCAGGAUAAAUCUCAAACAGCUCCAAAGGUAGAGAAGGUGUAUUUUACUACUACAGUUCCCCUCACUGGAAACACAGGAAAUGCCAUGCAGCAGAUCGGUCUGAGCCUUCCUGUCAUCAUUAUAAAGCAGGAGGAGUCCUGUCAGUGUCAGUGUGCCUGUAGAGACUCUGUUAAAGACUCUGCUACAAAGAGCAAAGGGUGUUCCUCUCCAGGGACAGCCACCAACAGCAGACCUGAAGUGCAGCCGCUCCCUCCUGACCCAGGAACCCUGUCCUCGUCCCCAUGUGAAGGCAGCAGUGGUCACCUACUGAACUCAACAGACUCUCCGCAAUGGACACCAUCUCCCAUAUACCUCUCAGACUUCCUCACCCUCCAGAACCCAGAGAACUCCAGUUCCCCUGUCCCCGUGGAAGCCUUAUUGCACGGGGAUGACAUCAGCCUAAGCGGAUUUUCUAAGUAGAGGAUACUGCUUUUUCAGUUGGACUGGUUUGGGGUGGGGGUUUCUCUUUACCGUUUCUAUCCAGAUUGACUGCCGAACUCUGCAAGCCUUUUCCGACACCAGAAGGAUUAAACAAGAGGGCCGCGCUCAACAAUAACGCAGCUGACACUUUACCUCUUGCAUACGCUUAUUUUUGGUUUCUACUAGAUCUGCAGAGAUCUUUUGUGUUUCGUUGUCACACAACCCCUGUUGAAGGAAAUUUUGACAGUUCUCCUUCUGGCACUGAAAAUGGGUUUGAAAAAAAGAGACUAGAUCUAUUAACCUAUUUGUUUUAUUGCACUAUAUGUCCUUUUGUUUGUGAAGCUGGAUUUUUAGAGAGGAAAAUAUAUAUAUAUAUUAAUAGACACUAGUCACAGAAAGAGUCUGCCUAUCUUUUAAAAUAUUUGAAAUGUGAAGAAAGCCCAACUGAAGAGCAAAAAUGCUAGCAAUCUGAUUUAAUUUACAGUGUUUGUACACGAAGUCUCAUUAUUUCCA